GAGGCCGAGGCCGCGGCCAGGGGUCCGGCCAGGCCGGGGGCUGGAUGCCGCCCUCGUGUCCAGAGCCCCCUUCCCAGCCAGAGGUUGCCAGUGCCGGACAGUGUGCUGCAUAUGUUCGCAGGCACCGAAGAGGUCCCUGAGGAUGACAGUGCAAAGCAUGGGGGCCGGGUACGCACCUUCCCCCACGAACGGGGCAACUGGGCCACCCAUGUCUACGUCCCGUAUGAAGCCAGGGAGGAGUUCCCGGACCUGCUUGAUGCGUUGCUGCCCCACGCCCAGACCUGCGUGCCCCGGCUGGUGAGGAUGGAGGCCUUCCACCUCAGCCUGUCCCAGAGCGUGGUCCUGCGGCACCACUGGAUCCUCCCCUUCGUGCAGGCCCUGAAAGAGCGCCUGGCCUCCCGCCAGAGAUUCUGCUUUACAGCCGACCGGGUAAAGAUUUAUACCAAUGAAGAGAAAACCAGGACCUUUGUUGGGCUGGAGGUCACCUCUGGCCACGCCCAGUUCCUGGACCUGGUUUCAGAGGUGGACAGAGUCAUGGAGGAGUUUGACCUCACCACUUUCUACAAGGACCCUUCCUUCCACAUCAGCCUGGCCUGGUGCGUGGGUGAUGCUCGUCUCCAGCUGGAAGGCCAGUGCCUGAGGGAGCUGCAGGAAAUUGUGGACGAGUUCGAGGACUCGGAGAUGCUGCUGCGCGUGCACGCCGAGCAGGUCCGCUGCAAGUCCGGGAACAAGUUCUUCUCGAUGCCUUUGAACAGCUUUUCCCAAAGAGGCCGAGGCGCCUCCCCCAUCCAGGGCUCGCUCUCUGGCCUCCAGCGACCUGCGGGCCCGCUACGGGGACACGGACAACGGGCCAGGGGCUGCACAGGGGUUUUAUUCUCCCAGCCCUCACGAGAGCAAAGGACCGGUCCUCGGGUGGCCAUCUGGAUUUCCAGUGAUGGAUAAGGAGAUAUUUUCAUGUUACAGUUUUAAAUUAUGUUUAACAAAUAAAAAUUACAGUUUGUAUUU